AUGCCGAGGGAAAUCAUUACCGUUCAGGCCGGACAAUGCGGCAACAGCAUUGGAAGCCAAUUUUGGCAGCAGCUCUGUCAGGAGCACGGCAUCAACCAAGAUGGAAACCUUGAAGACUUUGCGACCGAAGGUGGCGAUCGGAAAGACGUUUUUUACUACCAGAGUGACGAUACCAGAUACAUUCCGCGAGCCAUUCUUGUCGACUUAGAGCCCAGGGUCAUCAACGGCAUCCAAACAGGACCGUAUAAGAACAUCUACAACCCAGAGAACUUCUUUGUUGGGAAGAAUGGCGUGGGCGCAGCAAACAACUGGGGUGACGGCUACCAGACGGGCGAGGUGGUUUGCGAAGACAUCAUGGAGAUGAUUGACCGCGAAGCUGACGGUAGCGACUCCUUAGAGGUUCGCUUCAUGGUCACUAAGUCUUUGAACAUUACUAAUUCUCGCCAGGGCUUCAUGCUGUUGCAUUCGAUCGCAGGAGGUACCGGAUCUGGUCUUGGGUCCUUUCUCCUCGAACGCCUAAACGACCGAUUUCCCAAAAAGAUCAUCCAAACAUAUUCUGUCUUUCCAGACACCACAAACGCUGGAGAUGUCGUAGUCCAUCCUUACAACAGCGUUCUUGCCAUGAGAAGGUUGACGCAGAAUGCCGAUUCAGUUGUGGUGUUGGAUAACGGAGCCUUAUCACGCAUCGCAGCCGAUAGAUUACAUGUUCAAGAGCCAUCUUUUGCUCAGACUAACCAAUUGGUUUCAACCGUCAUGUCCGCAAGUACUACAACCCUUAGAUACCCCGGAUACAUGCACAACGAUUUGGUCAGCAUUUUGGCCUCGUUAAUCCCAACCCCGCGAUGCCACUUCCUCAUGACAGCAUACACACCCUUCACCGGCGACCAGGUUGAGCAAGCCAAAACGGUGCGCAAGACCACGGUGUUGGAUGUCAUGCGGAGACUGCUGCAGCCCAAGAAUCGUAUGGUCUCAACACAGCCGGGAAAAAAGAGCUGCUACAUUUCCAUCUUGAACGUCAUCCAGGGAGAGGUGGACCCAACAGACGUUCACAAGAGUCUGCUAAGAAUCCGGGAACGACGCCUGGCUACCUUCAUACCCUGGGGCCCAGCCAGCAUUCAGGUGGCCCUGACAAAGCGGAGUCCCUACAUUCCGAUGGCCCACCGUGUCAGUGGCUUGAUGCUGGCUAACCAUACAAGCAUUGCAACUCUCUUCAAGAGGAUUUUGAGGCAGUAUGAUGGUAUGCGGAAGCGCAACGCUUUCAUGGAAGGAUAUAAAAAGACAGCUCCGUUUGCAGAGAACUUGGACGAAUUCGAUGAGGCGCGGGAGGUGGUGCAGGACUUAAUUCAAGAGUACGAGGCUGCAGAGGAUGCGGACUACCUGAACCCCGACACAGGGGACAAGGCGACGUCAGCUGAAACAGACAAGAGGAUGGGCUAA